CUCAUGCGCCAAGGGGUAGUGCUUAAGCAGAGAGACGAGAGCCAGUUUCUCCCGUAGGGGAGGUUUAGUGCCAGUAAUUCAUGGAGUGGAACAAGGAAUUAUUCAAAUAUGAAUCGAGAAUUAAGCAGAAAUAUGUCCAGUAAAGGCUUCCCAAACAAGAUAGAUGAUGCUAUUGGAUCUGGUGAGAUAGUUGAUGAAAAUUUGUGGAAUUUAGGGAGGGACAAAGAGACACAGCAAUCAAUCAAUUGGCAGAAACCAAAGUCUACUUCCAUUUCAGAAUCUGGUUCUGGGAGUAUCCAUGCUGUUGUAGUGUCGGAGCCAUCAUCUAAGUUGGUAUCAGAAAUUUCAUCAGCUCCUGCCUCUGCUGGGGUUUCACAGCCUGCUGCUCAAAUAAGUGAAACGGAGAAAAUGUGGUAUUACCAGGAUCCAUCUGGAAAAGUUCAAGGACCAUUUUCAAUGGUGCAGCUACGUAAAUGGAGUAACACUGGAUAUUUCCCUACUGAUUUAAAAAUUUGGAAGACUGCUGAGAAGCAAGAUGACUCAAUACUUCUGACUGAUGCAUUGGCUGGGAAGUUUCAGAAAGAUCCUCUCGGGGCUUGCAGCUUUACGAAGGCUCAAAUUACUUCUCAUUCUGGUAUGCCACAUGGAGCUGCCGUUCAGCAAGGGGUAGAAGGUUCAGGUGGAGAGAGAUUGAAGUUUGAUCAAACUCGUGCACCUUGGAAUCCACAAGGCAACCUGGUUUCUUCAAGCCAACCUAUGCUAGAAAGCUGGAAAUCUCAACCUGAAAUGAGUUCUUCCACAGGCAGUGCUGCACCUUUGUCACUUGAAAUUUUUGAAAUUCCCAAGUACUCCCAAGAACCUUGGAGUUCUGAGACAAACCUACCUUCACCUACUCCAAAUCAAACUACUGCUCCAACAAAGAGGCGAACAUUUGAGAGCAGAUGGUCGCCUACUCCUGCUCAGCCAUCUGCUUCCCUGCCAGUAGCUAGUCAUUUCCCUGGAGGAGGAGGGUCUCAGGCACCUGCUGUAGUUUCAGAAAGUGGCCAGUUGACCCAUUCAUCUACUCCACAAUCAUCACUAAAAGUAGGCGGAGGUGUAAAUGGUUCUAGUUCAUCCCAUGGUGCGAGUCCAGCUCCUAAUAAUAUGCUUUUGAGCCCCACAGCCCCACAAGCACAUUCUCAACCUGCGAUGACAGGUGAGUCACAAGGAGUACAGGCUAAUCCCCACCGGCUUCCAGUGCUUGAUUCCCCUGGUGCCUUAACCAAUCCUUCUGGUUCUGUUCCAAGAGUGGAAGUUACUGCUUUGCCCCCAACACCCACAAGUGGAUCUCAGCACUGGGGAAAUGCUUCUUCUCUGCCAGCCCAACCUCCUGCUUAUGGUCACUGGGUCAAUGCUUCCUCGUCUAGUCAGAAUUCUGCUUCAACCUUUAGCACAGUAAAUCCUGCUGUGGUCUUCCCUUCUCAGAGCCAACCGGGGUUUCCACCAUCUGAUUCUUGGAGGCUUCCAGUUCCAAGUCAAUCAACUGUUCAGGCUCCUGUACCACUGCCAAACUUACCUUGGGGUGUAGGUAUUACAGACAACCAAAGUAAUGUACCAAGGCAAGGACCAGAGAACCAAAAUAGUGGUUGGGGGCCAAUGCCUGGAAAUCCAAACAUUAGCUGGGGACCAAUACCAACGAAUACAAACAUGAAUUGGGGACCUUCUGGUCCAGGGCCAUCACAAGGAAACCCGAAUUCUGGAUGGGUUGCACCUAUCCAAGGGCAAGCACAUGGAAAUGCAAAU